AAUUGAUAUAUAUAUAUAUAUAUAUAUAUUUCUGCUAGAUAUUUUAUGUAUAUAUACGCUAUAUAUUUAUACUCAUCAUUUCCCUGUGAUCUCAGUGUGUCUGUGCUAAGCUUUGAGUAUGCUUAUAUGAACCGUGUGAAACUGCCAUCACUUCUACCGUGAUGGCUUUCAAUGGUAGCAGCGCUGUCACAGCGGCUGCCGUCGUUGCUGCUGUAGUUGCUGCUGUCACAACAACAACAACAACAAUAACAACAACAACUACUACCACCACAACAACCACAAUUACUUCAGCUGCUAUUGCAACAACAACAACGCACCCCCUCCUGUUGUCAACGGGGCAUAAUGCUAGUUUACUCAUGGACAAUUCCCGAGACACUCGGGUUCCAUUGAACGGAGAGGGAGUACCUGCAACAGGUAUUGUCCAAUCUGGAGAACCAACUUCUACUAUGUCAAAUUCUGACGCUGGUUACGGACUCCGCCACCCCUGGUGGCCAGCGGUCAGUGUCGCCAUCUCUAUGACUGUGUUUCUCUGUAUAUCUUUUAUGAGACAUCACAGAAAGUUCCAACAAAAACGUCGAGCCCUCAUCGAAUACAUGGAGUACGAACUGUUAAGAAAUGCUUCCUUCAGUGCAGGAAGCUUACCGUCACCAUCAACAAGACCAGCAACGCCUCACGGGGAAGUGUCCCCAAGGGGUGUGCCCACACACAUUCCAUCACAUCAUCACACGUCAUCAUCAUCAUCAACAUCAGCAGUCGGGCAUGGUGAUGGUGCUUCCCAUCAGCAUCACCAUCAUCAUCAUCAUCACUACAACCAACAACAGAAAGAUUCACAUCAGCACAACAACCAUCACAGUAGUACCCACCAUCAUCAUCAUGCGUCCGAAAAUUUAGCCUCCGUUGCAAACUCUUCAGAGCGGAAGAGGUUUGGCAAUGUCAAACACAAUGGCCCAAGCCAGCAAGUAGCCCUUAACGGUUACCCAAGUAAAUUCAUUCAACGAUUCUUACAACCGAAUGUCUUUCCCGCCAGUGGAUUUGAGAGUACUUCAAAUUUCACAGAAUCCACAUGUUGCGAACUUUCAAAGGAUUUUUGUGAUCAUCCAUUGGACAGAAAAGGGUCAGUACAAACUGGUUUCCAAUCACGGAAAGGAAGUAGGAAAUAUCAACAGACAAGAUCACGCAAUGACGACAAGUCAGGAGUAUACCGUAAGUACAAGAUUUGUUAAAUAUCAUUUGUCGGUAAAUCCAGAUUAUAGUGCUCAGACAAUGUCUGGAAUAAUAGAAGUGAAACCACAGACCUACAAUCAUCGGUUGCUGCAACCACCACCAAAGCAGAACACAGAACAUUACCCCUUUCAGCAGAGAAAUAGGCAGCCAUUUAAUGAAGAUGACAAGCAACAACAGCAACAAACACAUACAGCUACGUUAGAACAAAUACAACAAGAAAAAAACAAACUAGAACAAGAACCACCAUUAUUGCCACUCAAUCCAUUUUAUAUGUAUCAACAACAAAAACAAAAUGAAUUGUUACAGUGUACUUUAUAUGAACAAGAGCAACAAAAACAAAAACAAUCAUAUCUUCCUCAACAACCACCACAAAAACAAUUGCAGCUACAAAAACAACCACAAUCACAAUCACAAAAGCAAAAACACUUCAGAUUACAACAGCAACAACAGAAAGAUACAUACAGAGGUGGUACAGAAUUGGACUCUUGUGGCAUCCAGCUUUUAGAUGUCAAUGAACUUCAGAGCCAAAGUUCUUGUCUUUGAAUUCAAGUUGUAAACAUUGGGUCGCUCUAAAUGUCACAAUCUAUGUAUUAGGGGUCGAAACAGAACCAAAAUGAUAAUUGAGGGGAGUCUAUUAAAUAUAUUGAAACAUGUUCUGUGAAACGUGUGCGAGUGAAUGUGUGUGUGUGUGCGUGCGCAUGAGUGUGUGUAUGGACAUAUCUGUGUGUGUGUGGGUGUAUGUAUGUGUAUAUAUAUAUAUAUAUAUAUCUGUGUGUGUAUGUGUGCACAUGCAUAUAUAAACAUGUGUGGCAUGUGUACAGAUAUAUUAUUUGAAUAUCAAGGAUCAAACUGAAGACAAAGAAUAGAAUUUCUAGUACUUCCAUUCCUACGUCAUUAUAUUGUUGGUAACUGGCAGUCAACAUAUCUUUGUCUGUGAUGGUGUAUGGAGAACUUAUCUCACCCACUGACCUCAUCGUGGUGUGUCUGAGUGGUUUGCGACAUAGCACUGUUCGUCUUUUGCACACUAAAUAUACUGUAUGAACAACAAUGAAGGUAGCUAUUUGUUGUGAUAAUAUUGAGUAACACAGAUCUUGUAUGUGUGUGAUGUAAGUAUUAAAUAUUAACUACAAUACUGGUUGUUAAAGAGAAACUUUUGGUAGCUAAUAGCAAAGAAUAUUCACAUUUGAAAGAAAGAAUUGAAAUAUAGAGAAGCAUUGAAAAAGAAAACAAAAUUGAAUAUGAUUUUUUUUUUUUUUUUGUCACAGAGGAAUGUGUAACAAAUCUAUAACUGAAGAUAGAAUCAUGAGAACACCAGUUAGUAUCUUUUGUGAAGAGCACUUGUAUUUCAUCAAAGAAAUGUUUAAGUCAAAUGUAAAAACACUUAUAUGUAAGUCUACAGCAUUUAUGUGUCUCCACAUGCACACACACACACACACACACACACACAUCUGUUCUUUCACCAAAUAUUCUUCACAAGUACUGAAGUUUUCAAGUUUCUGUCUUCAGCUCUAAACUUACGAGACAAAAUCUGUGUGUGUGUGUGUGUGUGUGUGUGUGUGUGUGUGUGUGUGUGUGUGUGUGUGUGUGUGUGUGUGUGUGUGUGUGUGUGUGUGUGUGUGUGUGUAUGUAUGUAUGUAUAAAUACAUGCAUACACACACAUUCAUACAGGCAACAUACAUAAGCACAAACACACACAUAUAUAUAAACAAAACCCAGUACAGGAGUAUAUAUAAUUUUUAUUAUUUUUAAUCUCUGCAUAAAUUACCAAAGUCACUCAAAGCCUGAGUUCCAUACACACACACACACAUAUAUAUACAUAUAUAUAUAUAUAUAUAUACAAUCACAUAUGUAUGUAUAUACACAUACACAAAAAUAAACAUAUGUUUUCAUGUGUGAUAAUGUGUUUGCAAGAAAUGUAAUGGUGAAAAAUUUUGUUAUUAAUUAUGGUUUGUCUUUUAAUUGCUAGUCACAUAACAUCAUUUAAGUAAUACACUAAGGAGUGAGGAAUGGAGUAUACAGGUCAGACAACUCAGGCAUGACAUCAACAUCUUAAGUGACAUAGGUAAGCAUCUAAGCAUGGCAGAGAUCAGUGUGCAUAUGAAGAUUUUAGAGAGCAUAGAGGUAGAUUUGGAAAGUGUAAGGAUACAAGCCACACAGCCACAGUGAAAGGGUAAUGUGACAAAGUCAAGGAACAUACUUGGAAUGUGAGAAGGGCUUAAAAAUUACUGUAUACUGAGAAGGAAUAUUGUAAGUGUUAGGUUUUGUCUAUAUUUCAGAAAAAAAUAUUAUUGAGUUUAUGCAUUAGUAAUUUAACAGGUCUUUUUACAUUUUUAACUGACUAAUUUUUGCAAUUGGUUAAUGUGACCAUUUAACAUUCAGAUUAUUUCAUGAAAUGUAAUUCUUAUUUAUUCACACUGUUUUGACUUAAUCGUGCAUUAUCUCGUAGGUUCAAAAUUUUGAUGAUGUGAUUGCAUACAAGAGGCUGGCUCUGGCUGGUUUCAAUAUAAAAUAGGUAGAGUAUUUGAGCCAGAUAUGGCUGGUUUAAACACUAAAGGGCUAAUACGGCUUGGAGAAAGGCAAGUAGAAUCAGAUUGAAUACAUGGUAGUACUUUUGUUCGAAAAUCUAAUAAAAUUUAUUCCAGCAUGAUAAUUAACAAUAAGAAAAUACUUAAUCUUUUGCCAGUAAGAGCUAAAGGUAAGAACAUACAUGUUCUAUUACUAGGCUCAUUUACUGGUUGUUUAAUUAUAACAAAUAUUUGUCCAAAAUAGGCCUGUGAGAUUUCACAGAGGUCUGUCUCAACAGUACGAUUACACUGAGUCUGAUUUCUGCCACCAUGCAGCAGGAUAUAUUUAUACAGAUGAUUUGAAUGUUAUCUUAAAUGAGAACUUUAGAUGGCUAUUGGAGGAGGAUAUCAAAUACAUGGAGCCUGGUGAGAUAAGUAGGAAUAAAUUGGUGGAGAUAAUCCUAGGAUCAGUUGACACUUUUGUGGUUAAUUUAAGUCACAAAUACAAGGAUAAAAAAAGAAAGUUUUUGAUGGUUGUAGAAAGCAAGUGACUAAAUUAAAUUUGGAGUGAACUAGAAAGUUGGUUUGGAUCAUAAGAGAGGAGUCAAUUUUGGGUGAACAUGAUGUAAAGAAAUAUAUUGAUGCAUUGUGAGAGAAAUCCAUUGUAGUACCAGCAGAUCAGGCAGCCAGCAGGUAACUUUGUGAUUGUAUGUAAGAAAUACUAUAUAAUGAGGCUAGGUAAAGGUUAGGAUUAAGGAGUGACUUUAAUAGUUAUGUAUGUAGUAGUAGUUGAGAGUAUGAGGAGUUUAUAGGGAAGUUAAUCCAUGAGAUGGAAAGGUUAAAUGACUUUUAUGUGGUGGAGGAGGACAAACAUAUUUCCUAAGUUUUUUUGGGGGGGGGCUCCUUAAUUGCAUAAGGUCCCGAGUAGGCUUAUUGCAGAAGCUAGGAAAUAUAUCAAUAAAAAACUGUCUAUUUUAGUUAAUGGAACAUUGAAUGCUAUUAGACCAGACUUCGUGAAGUACAAAGAAAUUUAUUAUAAUUUAGGUGUUAGCAUAUUCUGGAGUAUUAAGUUCAGGAAAGAGAUUUAGAUAGACUUUAAAAUGUUUUGAAGUAUGCAUGUGUCUAAUUUUUCUACACUGAUUCUAGAUUUGAAAUGGUAGAGGAAGGGAUUUGAAGAAUAUUUAUAGGUUUGGUAAGGAUUCUAAAUAUAUCAUCAUCGAAAAUGGUCAUGGUUUUCUAUCCAGGAUUAGGUGUAAUGAUUUUAACGAAUUUAUCUAAAGAGAAAAUUAAAGGAAAUGGUUAAGCUUUAUUAUUAAAAAUGCAUAUAUUACUUUUGUUUUUAGGAUAUUCAUACAAGUUAAAGGCAUUCCUAUGGGUUGUUACUGUAACCCUUUGUUAGCAGACACAUGUUUAUUUUCAUGCAAAUUGAGUUUACUCAGUGAUUUAUGUCAAUGGAACACGGUAAGUUUAGUUUAAACUGCUUAGUUGCUGUUGCAAUCAGCUAAUAUUUUUAUCACUAAUCACAAUUUUUUGAAAAUUUACUUGAAAAAAUAUACUCUGGAGAUCUUGUUGCUUAUAAAACGGGGUCAUAGUGAAUAAAGUUAAUUAUUUAGACAUAACAGUAGUUUGUAUUAAUAAUAAAGUUGUAGCUAAUAUUACUAAUAGCUUUGAUUUUGAUAUAGUGUCUAUUCCCUUGGUAAUGAUCUGAAUUUCAUUAGAAAGACAAGUUAGAACAUGUUCUGCAGUCAGGUUAUAAGGUAUGAUGGAAUGAUAAAUAAUGUGGGUUUAUUUAUAAAGUCAAAUUAUUGAAGAAGCUUUUGGGAAAAUGUGGUUAUGUAAAUAAGCAGCUGAUUAAAAAUUUCACUUGUUGUUUGAGGAGACAUGAUAUUUUAAAAUUUUGGUGUAAUUUCAAGCUUGUAACUUAAUGAAAAAUAUUUGAAAUGAGUAACUUCACUUCUUUGUGCUGAUAUUAAGUACUGAUGUUUGAUCAGCUUGCGUUCUAAAGCUGCUGUAUUUCGAGGGGUUUUGUGUGUGAUCAGGUCCUGUCAUGUACACCAUCACUUCUGUUAGGGUGGUUCUUUCUGGACUUCCAUUUGCAAGUUUCAAUUGGUCUUGCAUGAGUUGAGAUAGGCUGUAUAUCUAGAUUCUUCUUGAUUUGGUACCAUGUAAGAGCUUUCUUUAUUAUAUAUGUGAGAAGUUGUUUCAUGUUAAUGGAGGUAUGUUGUUCUUUUGGUUAUAUUUUCCAUAUAACUCAUGUGUAUGUUUAGUAACUUAUCUAACUAAUUUUUUGUUAAGUAACUUUUGUUCGAUACAUUUAAUUUAUUUUUAAUUAUGUUAUAGUUCUUUAGGUGACAAUGUCUGUUUAGUUUCUUUUCUUUAAUUUAAUUAGAUUAUAAAGUAAACAGCUGCAGUUCUGAGAGAUUUUUUCGUAUUAUUUGAGAGUUAUAUGUUGCCAUUUAUAAGGGAAUCUUUUUUCUUAGUCUGAAAGGUAUGUUAACCUUUUGAAUAUUUUUACCUUAUCUAAUUGAUUUAGUAAUUUCAAUUUGCUAUAUUUAGUUAAUUUUUAUGUUUUACACUUCUUUAGGUGGCAAUGUCCAUUUUAGUUUAUUUUUAUUUUAUUUAAUCAAUAUUUAAUGGCUAUAUUCUGUAAUGGCUCAUAUGUUUUUAUUCUUUUAUCGUUCAUUAAGUGGAGAUGCCCCUCCCUUCAUUAUGGUCUUUUUGUAUGUUUAUAUUUGUGCUUAGUAACCUUAAGCAAGUGUCACCUCAAUGAGCACAUUGAACUUAUGCCUGACCCCUGUCUUGGGUCUAUCAUUCCUAAGUCAUAUAUUUUUGAUGCUGUUGGAUUGAUUGGUGCCCAGGUGUCAAAACCAUACUGAUUUCUGAUAGGCAGCUGACUAUGGGAUGUCUGUGUUUCAAAUGUUUGACUAUUUGUAUAUGUUUUUUACUGUGAGCUUUUUUGUAACUUAUAUCCUCAUCAUUUCAAUGUCAUCAUUUAUUUUGAUCCUCUUCAUAUUGGCUGGGUUCUUCUAUUGUUUUGAACUGGUCUGAGUGCAGUUUUAGCUCGCUUCAUAAGUUAAUUGAUUAUAGGACAUGGAUGAUAAGAAUUUGUUGUUGAUUAGGUUUCGGUUCUUAAUAUUUUAAUGUGUGUCAGUUUGUUGGGGUUUUGCAAAUUUGUUUUUAUCGUUAAUACUAACCAUAUUUGUUGUGAUUUUGUUGCACUUACACACACACAC